AUGUACAUCACUCUCUAUUUUAUAGUCACCCGCCUCCCUGACUCCCUUCAUGUAGUAAGGGACCACUUCCUCUCGGUCUGUCCCACCACUCUCACUGUUGACCUUUUAGAGAAGGCCCUCCUAGCAGCGGAGAAGAGCAUCGUCGCUAUAGGAGCCUCUCGUAGUGACCCUCGCACCCCCAUCUUUGAGGGACGCCGCUCUGGCAAGGGCAAGGGGGGCAAGGGUGCGGGUGGAGCUAGCGGGGCCGGUGGAGGUGGAGGUGGAGGCGGCGGGGGGAGUGGGGGUGGCGGUGGGAGUGGUGGCGGGGGUGGAGGUGUCGGUGGCAGCAGUGUAGGCGGAGGCGGCGGCGAUCCUAGCGGAGGCAGCGGUGGAGGCGAAGGUGGAGGAAACGGUGGAGGAGGAGGUGGAGGUGGUCGGGGUGGCGCUUCGCAGCGGAGCAGCACUGGUGGUGGUCAGCGCCAGCAGCAGCAGCAGCAACAGCAGCGUUCUCGGGACAUCCCCCCCCCCUCAGCAGCUCCAUGA